CAAAGUCAGCAGGUUCGCAGGGUUGCCAUAUCACUUCCCACAGGUAGCAAUUUGACAGGUAGUUGGAAUGGCUUUUACGCGAUUGAGCUAUCCUCAGCGCAGUUAAUGGUGGCGAAUACAUUUUGACGUUCAGCGCCACCUUGUAAAACAAAAUAGCAUAAUAGAUUUGAAUAAGACUUUCUAUCUCUAAUGGAAUCUCUAUGCAAUUUAGUACAUUUUCAACACAUUUUCUGGUAACAGUGGUAAACUCAUUGGGUCAUUGGUACAUCUGCAAAAUUGUCCGCGGCAGCACUGGUUGUACAGUACGUUCAUUCACCUUUUAGAAAAAGGAAAUUUAGUAGGAUUACUUACCUAAAUAAUUAAGUGAGUGAUUGUUAUUACCUAAGUGUUAAAGGAUUACCGAGUUCGGGAUCAAAUAAAAUAAAGAUUUCCACAUACACUUGACAAUAUAACGUUUUAAAUGAUCCAAUGGACAAUCACGACCAUCAAACGGACGAGGAAAAAGAGCGACGAAAUUCUAAUACGGAGUAUAUGCCUACAAAAUGUCGAAUAACGAAACCAGCCCCUCCGAAACCAGCCACGAAUCCUUUACAAUUUAUAAAACUAGCACCUUGUCCGCUGUUUCAAAAAGCCCAAGAACAAAUAAAAAAAGUGGAAGAAAUCAAAAAAGAAGAGAAAGAAAUACGAACAGAAGUUGAAGACUGGCAAACGAAUCUUGAUAAUUGGAAAAGCAGCCGUAGAAAACGCCAAGAACAUAUCAUAGAAAGGGUAGUAGAAGUUAAGAAGCUUACAGAACAAGAGGAAUAUGAGAAAAGUAGGAGAAAAAGUAAAACAUUUAGUGAAAUGAUGGAAGGAAGAAUUAAAGGUAGACAUAAAUUUAAUAUACCUUUAUACGAGGAUGAUUCAAACGAUCUUAGUGACUAUGGAAUUGGGAGCAGUAGUUCAAAAACCAACAGUAUCAAAGACCCUGAUACAGACGACAGUCUUUUAGACGAAAAAAGCAACCAUAUGUUUGAUAUAACUAGUAAUAAAGAAAACUCCAAUAUAUUUAACCAAAGCCAUAACGAAGAUGAAGCUAAUAACACCAAAAACGGGACCAAAAUCAGCAAUAAUAACAGCUUAAUCACUAAAACUUUUUCUUCUGUAUAUUCUACUAAUCUGAAUUUAUCCCAGCCUAAAUCUGAAAGCCUAAGCAAAUCUUCCCUGUACGAUAUCAGUAUAUUUUCUGAACCUAAAGAUACGAAACAGUAUACUUACGAAGGAGCUAUUGAAGAUUAUAGGACGAGAAUUCAAACUAUUCACUCAGAAGAAUUUAGAAACAAGGAACCUGCUGAAACCCACCUACCAAAAGGAGAAAUUUUCAAAAGGAAAGACCUUUUCGAAAAGCAAACUGUUGAAAUUGGUACAUUAGCGUCUUCGUCUACAAGAAGAUUAUCAGAUAUCGGUACAGUAAAGAGCAUCAAAGACAGAUUGAAAAUCUUCGAACAAAAUAAUGAUCAAAUUCCUAAAAGCGAUCUAAACGUUUUCGAUAAGCCAAAACCGCAAAAUAUUACCAAACCCGACGACAUGGACAAUGCAAAUAACAUCGUGAACAAAGCGAAUCUAAACAAAAUGAGCAACUAUCUCGUAGGUAGAUCUAAUAGUGGCGAUUUCGAAAAGAACGAUAACAGAUGCUUCAGUCCAGAGACAGAACUUUACGUCAACAAGUUGAAUAUGUUCAAUAGAGAUCUGGAUAAUUUGAUGAUUAAUAAAUCUUUAGAUGAAAAUUACACGCCUUCGAUAUCUUCGACGGAGCUGACGUGCGUUUCUUCAGACAGAGAGGAUAGCGGUAUACACACUGGAGAUAUAUCAUGCUCUGUGAGUCAGGCUGAUGAGACGGCGGAUAUAGAUAUGGAAAUAAAUUCUAAUAUCAAUGACAAACUAAACGAAAAUACUCAUACUCAAUUCGAAAAUGAUUUACACAAGUUCCAAGAUGAGUUACAGCAACUUAAACUGUUUGAUAUCGAAAAUAGGAACAGAUUAGAUAUUGAUGAUGACACAUUUAAUAUCGACGAUACUAAAGAAAUUAAAAAUGUAACUGAGGAAUUUUUAGAAAGAAAUAGGAGUAAUCUAGUUCCAGUUCAAAAAUCAGUCGACAUCAAAGGAGUUGAUGAUAAAACUUUACCCAUACCAAAACCAAAGCCUGUAAUUUACGAAAAUGUUGAUAUUAAGAAAUUUAACGUUCCGACGGUAGAUUUUAUGACCAGUGAUUUUGUCCCUUUCUCCGACUUUAACGCUCCCCCGAUAGAGCCUCCUAAAGUAAAACCGCCCCCGCCCCCUCCACCUUCAGAUGAAAAAGUAGUACCUGAUCAUGUUAAACGCGCUAAUUUGAGAUCCAGCUUCUUGGGCUUGGAAGAACCAGAAAAUCGAUUGAAUAUUUCUAUAGAAAAACCUCCUGAUUUAACCAGUUUCUUACGGAUGGAACAGAAGUUGGAAAAGUCUUACGAUAGGAAGUUCUAUGAAAAUAAUGAAGGAGGUGUUCUGAAUAAAGUAGAGAGUCAGGAUUCGGGAUUGGAUGUGGAUAGAGGGAGGCUAUCCAGUGAUACGUGGUGCAGUAGUGUUGGUGAUUCCAGUGCAGCUAGUCAUGAGAAGCAAGCCAGUGAGCUAACGAACAGUAAUAUAUCUGAAGAUGAAAUAACCAAAAAAGAACGGGAAAUCAUAGAGCUUGUGGAGAAAGAAGAACAGUACCGUGAUAUUGUAGAAUACAGAAAUAAAGAACCAGUAACCAAGGCCUUCAAACCCAAAAAUCCAUCCGUUGUAUGUGAACCGUCCUUGGGUAAUCAACAAUUCGACAAUCCGUGUUUUGAUACGCAGCCGUCCGAUUUUUUGGAUCAAGAUUCUGAAGUCCUCAAGGUGGAACAAGAACUCAGACAACUAGAACUGGAGGAGCUCGAACGGCAACGAGAAAGCUUGCUAUUUAGGGAAACUAGAGCUAAAGCUCAUCUACAUAACAGACAUUCUAUGGAAAACCUUGCUGACCGAAUGUAUCCUCCUUACUCGUACGAGAACCAAGUUGACUGUAGAAAAUCCAUGCCAGAAUUAGUCAUUCAAAAGUCUUCCACAUUAGAUUACGGACAUUCUGUGCCUGUCAGUCAUAAUUAUUAUGGGUAUGAGAAUGUUCGAGAUUUGAAAUGCAGUAACUACGUAAAUCCUGGACAUUUAGUGGAUGGUAAUCUCGGAAUACCAGUGGACUAUCGAAAAUCAAUGCCGAAUCUCCAACAUACCCAGAAAAAGUCCAGCCCAGAACAUCAAAAACCCCCUGUAGAACCCAGUGUAAGUCCUAUGGAACACCGCAAGUCUAUGCCGGAAUUAGUUUUAGAUGUUCAAUCUCCAAUACGUCCAAGGCCUGCGUUGAUCCCUCCAAAGCCUGCUAUAGUUAAAGAGAGGAGUCGCUAUGAGCAGCAUAACGUUAAAUCUCCCACCAGGCAUUUAGGGGCUACUCAUCGAAGCAAGAAUGACAAAAUCAAUAACGAAGGAAGGAAUUACAAUCAGCAUUGGUUAAUUCAGGAGGCCGAAUUAAGGCGAUUGUCUGAUCAACGAAAAAAUUUCGCCAAUAACAAUGUCACCAGGCAACAGCCGAUGCAAAGUAUCCCAGCUAGACCAUCUAUGGAAAAAAUACAACAGCCUAUACCGAGAAGUCAUCGUCAGCCUUCGAACUACGCGCUGCCAAGCAUGUCAUAUUCCACACCAGUUGUGCCUAAGGAAUCGCAUGAUAAGAUUUUGAGUGUUAGCGGUAAAAAGAAGUGUUCGUAUUGCGGUAAUGAAUUAGGAAGAGGAGCUGCUAUGAUAGUUGAAAGUCUUUGUCUUUUUUACCAUAUGGAUUGCUUUAAAUGCUGCGUUUGCCACGUUCAACUGGGCGAUGGUAUGAUGGGAACUGAUGUGAAGGUCCGAAAUCAAAAAUUACACUGCCAUAACUGCUACUCGAGUGACGAUGGCAUAAAAUUCAGCUGUGUUUAAUAAAUAUUAACCUCAGUCAGUAAGGUUGUGUUAAAGUAGACUCUGUUAAAAAAUAUUUAUUCGUAUAAAAAUUAAAUAGGUCAUUUUGUACUUGAUACAGUUAGGUGGAUUUUUAUUUUAUUUUUCUUCUUUCCACUCUUGCAAUACUUUAUAUUACUGUAUUUGGUCUAUUAAUGUAAAUAUGAUUUUUUUUUGUAAAUAUAAUUUAUAAAUGGUAUUUUGUUAUGUAUAUUAGUUAUAUAGUUGGUUGAUUUGUAAUUAAAUUUUAUAUAAAACUUAAAACAAUUUAACGUUGAAAAGAGAUGGUCAUAUUUAGGGGCCAUUUUAUUAUAGAACUUUUUUUUUUAUUUAUAGUUUCCACUCAUAAAUAAUAAGCACAUCAGAUUAUUAUAAAUUGUUUUUAAUUUAAAAGUAAUAAAUCUUUUGUCAUUAUUUAAAAGAACAUAAUAAUCUUUUUUUUUUCUGAAGCGCCACUGUAAACAGUCUGAGAACUAAUCAUAUAUUUGUUGAAUGUUUAAAUAAAAACAAUAAUGAUAGAAG